AAUUUUUUUUAUGAUUACUUAUAUCCUAGUAUCACGUGUACAUACACUAGUAUCAAAUAACUAAGAAGCAAAAAAGAAAUAUUGUGUUUUCUUCAAAAAAAAAAAAAUAUUAAGUAAUUUUUUUUUAUUAAAAAAAAUAAAAAAAAAGUUAAGACUACUUCACGUGUACUACUAACUUGAGGAAACGUGUACUAUACUACUAACUUAGAGUUUUAGACUAACACAUCCUCAUUAAAAAAAUAAAAAAUUAAACUAAGGGGCUAAAAGGGGUUUCUACUUGGUAGUAGCAGUUCAUAGUUUCAUCUUCUUCCUCCAAUAAUCCAAACCCUUGAAAUUCCAUGGCUUCCUUCCCAAGUUUUUCACUACCUUAUUAGAGGCGGUCAUUUUCAAGAUUGUGUUCACCAUCAUUUACUUUGUAAGGCCGUCACUAUCGUGAAGUUUACAAAGCCACCACCAUCUGAAGAGUACUCGGGCCACGACUAUCAACCACUCCGUUUGUUCAGGCGAUUGUACGAGCCAUAAUACAAGGAAUUGCACUACUUUGAUCGAUUUCCCGCCACAACCAUAAACCCCUUAUUCUUUUUAAGGUACAUGGCCAGAAAGAAUAAGAAAGUACAACCGAAUGAUGAUUCUGAAGAGUCAAGUUGUGAGGAGAGAGGUCGUACUGUACUUAAGAAGGUGGGGAAGACUAUCCAUGCUGGCACCCAAAUCCCAUUGCAAUGGCAUCCAAGUAAAAGAAUUCCCACAGGUGAACACAAGACUCAUUUUUCCACCUACAUCGGUGUAAUGGCACGUGAAAGAAUAAGCAUUUCCUACAAAGAUUGGAAUGAAGUUCCAACAGGAGUGUUAGAUGAAGUUUAUGGAUUUAUAUCGAAGGGGUUUUAUGUUCCUGAGAAUCGCAAAGGUUAUGUACUAUCACGAGCAUCGAUUCGAUGGAAAGCUUUCAAGACUAGAUUAAGAACCAAGUGGUUGUAUAAAAAAGAUAAAACACUUCGUCAAAAGCCACCACACAAGUAUCCUUUUAUACAUGAAUCGGAUUGGGAUACCUUUGUUCAAAUCUGCACUUCUGAUGAAUUCAAGGAAUUGAGUGAAAAGAAUCGUGAAAAAGCAAAGAAGAAGUCCUCAAGUUAUCGUGGUGGUAGACUUGGGUACCAAUAUUUUCAAGAGGAGAUUGAAAAAGAACUUGAAAAGCAAGGAGUCCAUGUGUCACAAGUGCCGCAGCAUCUAACAUGGAUUAAAGCUCAUUCUCAUGUCAAAGAUGGAGUUAUAACAUUUGAUAAUCUUGCUGAUAAAGAAAUCCAUGAUGCAAUAAUAGCAUUAGAGGGUCAAGUUCAAAGAGGUGAAUUCAUUGCUAAGGGUCGAGAUGAUAUCUUAGCCAAAGCAAUGCAUAAGCGUGAGCAUGGUGGUUCAGUGAGAGCUGUUGGUUCAGGCAUUACGGUGAAGGAUUAUUUUGGUUAUAACAAACCUGCUCCACCCAUCCAAUUACAUGCUGAAAUAGGCAUGAUGAAAUCAAAACUUGUAUCCAUGGAUAAUAGACAAAAUUUUAUGAUGUCCUUCUUGAUUUCAUGUUGCAGCCAAGAGCAAAUAAAAUCUUUCAUGGCAGUUGGAGCUCAACAGGUUGGUGUAGGUGGAUUAUUUGGAGGCAACAAUACUUUUGGUAGUUUGAAUGCUCGGUUUGGUGGCCUGACAGCUGGGCUACAUGGGUUUUGUGGCCUGACAGGUGGGUUAGGUGGUUUUAGUGGCUUGACAGGUAGCUUGGCUGGUGGGUCUGUUAGCUUGGCUGGUGGGUCUAGUGGCCUGGGUGUUGGCUUGACAGGUGGGUUUGGUGGCCUGACAGGUGGGUUUGGUGGCCAGGCUAGUGGGUCUAAUGGCCCGGAGGGUGGGUCUAGUGGUCUGGCAGGUGGGCUGGAGGGUGGGUCUAGUGGUCUGGCAGGUGAUGGGUCACGUGCUUCCCAAUUGGAUGAUACUUUUGGUCAGGGGCUUCAAGGGGCUGAUAUUUAUGGUACACAAGGUAAUAGAGAAGAAGAUAUUUGCACAAAAACGCAAUCUCAUAUGGAAAACCUAGAGACUGAGGCAUAUCAUGUUCCCUGGCCUCAAACAGAUCGUAACAAUCGACUUGAGCCUACAACUAACCUUGUGCAUCAGAGUUGUGAUUUGAAAGAAUUUCUCGAGGGAUGGAGUGAAUGUUCUUUAGCAAUUGAAGGAAACAACAAAGAGUUGCAAAUUGUUGCAAACGGAAAAGUAGAGAAAAUAACAGAUGUCAGAGUUACUCAUUCUAGAGAAAUGCCGCCUGGUCAUGCUCGAGUCACAAUUAUAGAAGAUAUUGUGCCGACUGCUCUCUUGCCAUGUCCUAAUGAUGAACUAGUCUAUGUUUUUCAUGCAAAGAACAGCUACACACCUUGGCCGAUUAACUUGAUUUUUCCAAGAAAGACCAUUACCCACCAAGAAAAAGUGUUGAAUGUAACAACACCAUCUCCACAUUCAACAACAUCUCAAGUAGCCACGACUCUUAAGUACGUUAUCACCGAAAAGGAUCGUGAAAUGGUGACUUCGACAUGGUUACGUGUGUUAAAUACUCAUGCUAUGGUAUUGAAAAAAAGGGGUGUGACACUCUCCAUACCAAUUCCAAAAUGCAUGUUUCUUAAUGAAGACGUGGGUGUGACGCUUGACUACGAGGACUUGUUGGAUUGGUGUUUUAAAAGAGAGGUUGGAGAAUCCCAAAUGAACGUUUUCAUAAAGUACUUGGAAGGUCAUUGUCAAAAUGAAGGUGUCUCGGGUAUGUAUGGAUUCUGUGACACAAAUGUUUUAUCUCCAAUGACACCAACUACAGAUGAGGAGGUUCGAUCCGACUAUCUUUCUCGUGUUUUUGGAUGCAACGAGGGAAAGAACGUCAAUCAACUCUUCUUUGCUCCUUUUAAUGACAAUAUGCAUUGGAGGUUAGCUGUUAUUAGUCCUUGGAAUGGACUAAUGUGCUGGUUAGAUCCGGCUGGGGAAGAAAAUGAGAUCAAUGAGUUUGUUAAAAAGAUCAUAAAUGAGGGAUUAAAAAAAUUCAGCAUGGUCCAUCGAAAGGACAUCAAGAAGAUAAAAAAGAAUCCAUAUAUUGAGUGGAAGCAACCUAAGUGUCCUCGACAGCCUCAAUACUCAAAAGUUUGUGGAUACUAUGUUUGUCGCUAUAUGCUUGAGAUUAUACAGAAAAGGGUAUUGUGGGUUUCUGAUAAGUUUUUUCAAGAGGACCCCUGUACAUAUUCAAAUGAAAAUAUUGACGAAAUUAGAGACUUGUGGGCUAAGUAUGUUCUAGAGCUUGAACAAGAUGAUGUUAAUGAAGGAAAUGAAGAUGGUAUGGACAUUGCGUGAGUUUAAUUUGUCCAUUACUUUUGGGAAAAGUAUUGCGAAUUUUAGAAUUUUUUGUAUAAAACUUUUGGAGGUUAUCUAAGAUGGCAUGAAAAUUAAAAGAGUUUGGUUUAUAUUUUUGGGGAAUUGAAUACUAGAUUUUGUUUUGCAGAUGUUGAUGUAUAGUAUUUUUGGAGUUAUAUUGUAAUUAAUGGAUAUUUGUAAAGUGUUUAUCAACUUUUAUAUUAUUAUAUGCUUCAUGAAUAUUAUAUAAUUAUGGAGUAAUAUAUAUGAUGUGCAUAUAUAUAGCAGGUGUAAAAUAUAGGUACAAAUAUCCUACAGGUGCCAUACAGAAAAAAAUACAGCUCAUAUACCAUACAAGAACAAAUUUAAUACUAUAAUUGAUUUUUUGGCAAAAAAAAAAAAAAUUGAAAAAAUAAAAUAAAAUAACAAAGAGACCUGUUGUC